AACAUCGUCAACAGGAAUGGCUCCCCGCUGCUGGACACUUGCUUCACUCUGCACCUCUGCUCGGUGGACCGCAUCUCCAAAGACUUUUACAAAAGUGAAAUCAUCAGAGACUCUUUGAACCCCACAUGGCGUAGCCUGGACUUUGGCAUGCUGCCCGACCUGCUGGACACGUCGGUGUCCUGCUUCGUGGUGCGGAUCUGGGGCGGCCGAGGGGAGCAUUUCCAGCUUCUCAUCGAGUGGAAGGUCAACCUGGAUGGACUCCGAUACACUGGGCAGCAGAUUCGCUCCAGGAAUCCAAAUGAGAUCAUAUUUGGAUUAAAUGAUGGCUACUAUGCAGCUGACUUUGAUCAAAAGGAUCACUCGGAGAGGAAGAAGAACAGCUUGCUUCAGGUGGACCAGAGCUCUGUGCGAAACUCCUACAGCGUCUUCUCACUUCUGAGGCUCCACACUGCCCAGAGGGCCAUUAAGCAGACCCAGGUGACCGUGCAGAAGAUCGGGAAGGAGAUUGAGGAGAAGCUGAGGACGACGGCGGCCUGCACAGAGAGGCAGAAGAAAGAGCGCGAGUGCAGGCACCUGCGCAUCAGCGUCCUGCGGAGUGAGCUGGAGAGGCAGAGGAAGGAGCUGGCCAAAGAGAUGGACACGCAGCACAAGGAGAAGAUGCAGCUACAGAAGAAGGAGGAAGCGUUUUCCAUGAAGCACCAGACUCUGGAGAAGGAGAGGGAGUUUUUAAGCGAACAGCAGAAAGAAUGCACAGCCAAGAGAGAAUUGUUCCUGAAGUCCAAUGCACAGCUGACCUUCCGAUGUCGGCAACUCCUGUCUGAGCUCUCCUACAUUUACCCCAUUGAAGUGAACAAUCAGUCGGACUAUGUCAUAUGUGGGGUCAAGCUGCCGAACUCCGAGGACUUUCAAGCAAAGGAUGAUGGGAGUGUGGCCGUCGCCCUGGGUUACACGGCGCACCUGGUGCUCAUGGUGUCCUGCUUCCUCCAGAUCCCCCUCAGGUACCCGCUGAUCCACAAGGGCUCACGCUCGUCCAUCCGCGACACCAUCACCGACAAGCUGACCGAGAAGGAGCGAGAGUUCCCACUGUACCCCAGAGGAGAACGCUUUCAGUUUGAAUAUGGUGUCUACCUUCUCAACAAAAACAUUGCCCAGUUGAGGUAUCAACACGGUCUCUCCACUCCAGACCUUAGACAAACGCUACCCAACUUGAAAAACUUUCUGGAACAUGGGCUGCUGGUUCGUUGUGACCGGUACCAGGUGUCCUCGUCCAUCCCUGUGCCCAUCAAGUCCCAGCUGAGUGUGUCCAUGGCCUCUGACAUGCCCUCGCCGCCUGACUUGGAUGGCUCCCCCGACCGGGCACUCCGCAAGCGGGCUGGCUCCGAGGCCGACAAGCCCAAGUACCAGAGCCCGCCGUCCAGCUACGACACCACCAUGGCCCAGCCCACCACCGCCACCAUCCCCAACCCACUGGCAGCCGCCUCCGACGACCCUGACCAGGAAUUGUCCCCCUCCUUAGAGCCGGCCAUCGAUCUGGCCGAAACGUUGGAGGCCCAGCCCGUGGCGGCCGAGCCGGACGCCCAGGAGGCAGCAGGGGCGGAGGCCGAUCUGGAGAAGUCUCGUUCCCAGUCAGAGUCGACCGCCUCCGCCGACGACUCCAUGGCGUCCACCACCCAACAACAUCAGGUUGCCACGGCGACUGAGGAGACGGUCACCCAGCAGCAGCAGCAGCAGCACCCAGGCACCAUGAACGGUUCGGCGCUGCUCGGGGAUGGCCUGGCGGCGGCAGCACCUGCCCCGGCAGCAGAGAUGUGCUGCUCGGUGGAGCGGGCGGAGGAGAUCAUGGGCACAGAGGCCCUGGGGCUGGGCAUGGGGCUGAGCAUGGGGCUCGGCCUGAGCCUGGGCGGCCGGCUGGAGGACUUCCCCGGGGGUAACAUCCCCGUGGAACACGCGGUAGCCGUGGAGUGCGAUGACCAGGUGCUGGGAGAGCUGGACACGGCCGGCCUGGAGGAGUUCUCCCGCCGCAUCUAUGCGCUCAACGAGAACAUGCCCAGCUUCCGACGGCCGCGCAAGAACUCGGACAAGUGACCGGCCCAGAGCCUAAGCAGCUGUAGAGGUCAUGUCCUGGGGGAACCCGCAGAAAGACUGACACCAUACCACAUGAUCAUAUAUAUGUAAAGUAUAUAUAUAUAUGACACUACUAAGACAUAUCUGACCAAUUUGCACUUCUUUAAGCAUUUCUAUAAUCAUUGAAAUUAUAUUAAAAGUAAUGAUGCUGAAAGGCCUGCUGGCUGUCAUUUCUGGGUGCAAGAUUCAGGGGGUCUGGGGAGGGAAUCCUGAUAGUGGAGCGGUCAGAGUCGGCCUCCGAACCAGACUCCAGUCCGUCCCAGAGUCCAUGCCCAUGCAGGAGAAGUGCAACCGCAGAAAGGAGCUCCAGGGUGGUCAGAAAUGGCUGGGUAGACAUGGCGGGAGAUUCCAGGAAGCUGCACAUCCGUGUCCAUCUCCCUGAAGCCGCAGUGGAACAUGAAGGUCUGUGGCCAUGGAAUCUCUAAAUGACUCUAUAGUCUGUAAGACUACUCAGAAACCCUGUAGAUCCAGAGGAAGGCGGUGGGGUGGUUGUAUGUUAAAUUAUGUUGGAAAAUAGCACACCUCUUUUUCAACUACAUUCAUCAGGGAUAAGAUUAUUGUUUAUUUUCUUUGUAUAUGCCCUUUUCAUUUUUGUUCUUUUCUUUUUUUUAAAUGAAAACAAUGAAUUGGUACAGUUUGCCACAUAAGCCCUUUAUAGCAGAUAACUAGUGCUAGCCUAAUUAUGGCCAUGAAAAUGAAAACCAACAUUUAAUUUUGUCUUUAUCAUCUCCCAUAAUCAUGACUUCCAUGAUCCCCACAAUGUUGCUUUGAGUCUGGGCCAUUUCAGUCACGGGGAACCUUCCCUCAGUAUGCAAGGCAGCUCUCUCAAGCAGUUGAUUUGCUCCGACAUUAAUGAAAGAUAGCGGUGUGACACCUUCACAGGCACACGCAUGAAGAACUGGAGAGAACCCACACAUAUUCGAAUGUGUGAUUGAGACUGAGUACUGUGGUUUCAGCGAUCUAUAUGUAUUUAAAUAUGACGUUGCCAGGAAUAUGGUGUUCAUGAAUGAUUAUAUGACAUUGUACAUAUAGUUUUAUAUCUGAGCAUCUUUUAUUAUUAAAUACCA